AGAAAAAGUUCAGUUGACACCGGUAUAAAUUGCAACAUGGUUACUCGGUGUGGACAAUUUUAUUAAAUGCGAAGUUUUUAUUUCCAAAAUGCAAUUUUCUUACGCCAAUGAAGUGAAAAUAUACAACUUGAGUGCAGGGAAAUCCCUUCCUGAGUGGCUCACAGACAGAAAGAAACGAGAGUUACAGAAAAAUGAUCUUGAUAUACGUCAACGAAUUGAGUUAAUCCAGGAUUUUGAAAUGCCAUCUCUGAGCUCAACUAUCAGUGUUACACCAGAUGGCAACAAUAUUUAUGUCACAGGUUCCUAUAAGCCCCGUGUCCAUUGCUAUGACCUUACAAAUCUCUCAUUGAAAUUUGAACGAGGCUUAGACAGAGAAGUCAUAAAAACAAAAGUACUUUCUGAAGAUUUUUCUAAGUUGGUGUUCCUUGAAGUCAACCGAUAUGUGGAGUUCCAUAACCAAGCUGGCACCUACUACUGUACACGUGUUCCAAAAUAUGGUUUUGAUAUGACUUACCACACUUCUCUCUGUGAUUUGUUUAUUGUUGGGGCCAGUUCCCAGGUUUAUCGUUUAAAUCUUGAGUUGGGCAGAUUUAUGUUACCAUUUCAAACAAAUUCAACAACAUCAAAUUGCUGUGAUAUGAACAUGUAUCAUGAACUCUUCACUUGUGGAACCAGAGAAGGUACCAUAGAAUGCUGGGAUCCACGAUCCAAGAAUCGGGUUGGCUUGCUAAGCCCUAACUUUAAGGAACACAUAAAAGUCGACAGCAAACCUGCCGUAACAGCCCUUAAAUAUCAAGAUGCUCUGAAAUUUGGCGUUGGAACCAGUUCUGGUCAUGUGUUGUUAUAUGAUCUUCGUUCCAACCAACCACUCUUAGUGAAAGACCACCAUUAUGGUCUCCCUAUCAAAUCAAUCUAUUUCCACAACCAAGAAGAUCUUGUACUUUCACUGGAUGCCAAAACUCUUCGCUUCUGGAACCAACACACAGGUAAAGCAUACACAGCUAUUGAGCCAGGUGUACCCCUUACAGAUUUAGCUGUCUACCCUAACUCUGGUAUGGUGUUCCUAACAAAUGAAGCUCCUAAAAUCCGCGUCUACUUCCUACCAUCGAUUGGAACCGCUCCAAAAUGGUGUUCCUUUUUGGAUAGUUUGACUGAAGAACUCGAAGAAAGCAAAAUAGAAACAGUAUAUGACGACUACAAGUUUGUUACACGAAAUGAACUAGAAGAGAUUGGUCUAUCACACUUGAUUGGUUCCAAGAUGUUACGUGCCUACAUGCAUGGUUACUUUAUGGACACCCGUCUCUAUCAUAAGGCAAAAGCAAUCAUUGAACCGUUUGCAUACGAUAAAUACAAGAAAGAAAAAAUUCGAGAAACGAUUGAGAAAAGUCGAACCACUCAUGUCAAGCUUGAGAAACUGCCUCCUAUCAACAAGGACCUGGCUGUCAAGCUGAUGGAAGAUUUAGAAGAAGAUGAAAAACAAGGCGCUGAUGCCAAGAAAUCUGAAAAGCUGCCAAACCUCUUGAAAGACAAACGUUUUUCUGCCAUGUUCCACAACAAAAACUUCCGAAUCGAUCGCACCAGCAAAGAAUUCCACUUAAUCAGUCCCCUCAUUACGAAACUUGAAAAAGAUCUUCACAAGAAACAGAAAAAGAAAGAAGUUAAAGAUCAGUUCAAACCUGUUGGGCAAGAAGAAUUGGAAGGUAAAGCGAGUGAGGACGAAUCCAGCUCUGAUGACAGUACGAGCGAGGAAGAUGAGGUGAAAGUAAAGAAAGAGUUAAGGGAACAACAUCGAAGAGUUGAGGGGAAAAGGAAAUUGAAAGAAAAGAAGAAGGACAAGGGAGGAGGAGGAGGCGAUGUUAAAAAUGAUUUGACCAACUCUGAGAGCAAAGUGUCUGCUGAGAAAUCAAAACCGAAAUUCUUUGAACUCAAAGAAGGUGACGAUGUUUUACCAAAAGCAAAAAAGAAAAACAAGAAAAGUUUGUUUGAACGUUUGAAUGAAGAGAAUGAAGAUGAAGCUAAAGUGAGCCGAGAUACUUUGUCAGGACACAUGGAAUUCUCGUUCACAUUGAAGAAGGACAAAGAUGAAGAAUUGGAACAUAAAAAGAGAAAAGAGCAUCAUUUGGAACGGAAGAAGCUUCGUAGAUCUGCUCAUGACAUCACACGCAACUUCAAAUCAAAACCAAAGUUCUGGAUGGGGAAACGGGUUGGAUAAAAUAAACAACAAUAACGAUGCUAAUAAUAAUAAUAAUUAGUAUUAUAAGGGGUUGGUUAUAAAUAAUAA